GAGCCAAUGGACAUACGCGAGAAAGAUUUCGGUUGAAUUUCUAUGCGAUUUGCCUUCUUUCUCCUUUUCCUUUCUCAUUGGUCAGAAAAGGAGAAAAGAAAUAAAGUGCAGAUAGUUCAGUCCUAAAGUGUGGGAAAGGACGGGUCAAGAAAGAAAGAAUCUUAUAGCGUUUUUCACUGGCUGCACUAGUGCGCACUCAGUGCGCACCAGCCGCGGACAAUGUGUUUCACUGGACGUUUCGGUGCGCACGAAGACGGUGCGCGCUGUUUCACUGGGAAGUCUAGUGCCGAGUUUUUGCACUAUAGUGCGAGAAUUCGGCACGAGCUCCGAGAGACGGUGUCAGUUCAGUGCAAUAUGGCUUCGCGGGAUAAUGACGAUGUUUCAAAUUCACGAGAUGCACGAUUAGCAUUUGGACUAUUACAGUUGCUUUCUUCGUCAUCAUCCAGUAGUGAUGAAGAUGACUUAUUAAAAGAAGAUCCGCGAAAAAUUCCAAAGAUCGAAAAUUUUGUUCAAGUAGUGCAUAACCUUGCGGAUAAGGAUUUCAAAAGUCAUUUUCGCGUUGCAAGAACAACAGCUUAUAAAAUAAUAGAAGAAGAGUAAUAUUUAUUAUAUCAUUGUUGACUUUAAAAGAAAUAGUCAAAUCGGUCAAACUUUCCAUGGUUAUACAGUAGCACAAUACGCCCAAAUACGCCACAAAACUGCACUGAGAUGGCACUGAGAAUAACAGACGUGUUUAGUUGGGAAUGCAAAAAACUCGCACUUUCAGUGCACUCCGACAGUGUCGCCUGAACUCGACGAGUUUCUAGUGCGCACUUAGUUCUUGCCAGUGAAAAACGCUAU